GAGUCGGGCAGCCUCUCGUACGUGUGGUGACGUAGCGGGUCACGGUGUUGUGGCGCAGAGAGGCCGGUGAGAGGAAGCGGCCCCGAGCAGAGCAGCACGAGACGAGAGGCCGCGAGGACACCCAGCGAGAGAGUCCACGGACCUUCAGCCCGAAGACCCGCGGAGAGGCCCAGUCCGAGCCGAGGACCCCGUCACAAUCCCCACACUUCCCCUUUGUGUAGAGGUCUGUUUCCAACUAAAUGUGGGGGAGCAUCAGGAGUUGAUUGAGAGAUAUUUUAUCAUGAAGCCCAGAUUAAGUGUUGUCUGCUUAUCGAGAAAGUCUCAGUUAUUACCUUGAACUUCUGAACCGAAGAGGAUGAUGAAAUGAGAUAAAUUGGACCACUGGAGGAGACCAGCCCCCCCUCACCUCCACCUCUUUGAAGCAUGGCAGGCCUGCAGCUUGUCACCCCUGCCACGUCACCCAUGGGGCCUUUCUUUGGUCUGCCAUGGCAGCAGGAGGCCAUCCACGAUAACAUCUAUACACCUAGGAAAUAUCAGGUAGAACUUCUUGAAGCAGCUCUUGAACAUAAUACUAUCGUCUGCUUGAAUACUGGCUCAGGGAAGACCUUUAUUGCAGUACUUCUAACAAAGGAGCUCUCCCACCAAAUCCGAGGACAUUACCAUGAAAAUGCGAAGAGGACUGUCUUUCUGGUGAACACAGUUCAUUCUGUAGUUCAGCAAGCAGCUGCAGUCAGGACUCACUCUGACCUCCAAGUGGGAGAGUACACCAAUGUGGAGGAGACCUCGUCAUGGACUGACCAACGGUGGAGUCAAGAGAUAAUAGAGAAUCAGGUGCUGGUCAUGACUUGCCACAUAUUCCUGCACGUUCUGAGGAAUAAAAUCUUACCUUUGUCUAAAAUCAACCUGGUGGUGUUUGAUGACUGCCACCUGGCCAUCACGGACCACCCUUACUGUGAGAUAAUGAAGCUGUUUGAGGGCUGCUCGGGCAGUCCUCGUGUCCUGGGUCUCACAGCCUCCAUCCUGAAUGGAAAGUGUGACCCGUCAGAACUGGAGCACAAGAUCCAGAAUCUGGAGAGAAUCCUGAAGAGCAAUGCUGAAACUGCCACUGACCUUGUGGUCCUGGACAGAUAUGCCUCUCAGCCUAGAGAAGUGGUGCUGGACUGUGGCCCCUACGUGGAUAAGAGCGGCCUCUCUUCCUGCCUGCAGGCAGAGCUGGAUGAAGCUCUCCACUUCCUGAAUGACUGCAACAUAGGUGUUGCCAGAGAGGACCGCGAUCCCACGUUCAUCUCCAAACAGGUCCUGGGGGACUGCCAGGCCGUGCUGCAGGUCCUGGGCCCCUGGUGUGCAGAUAAGGCGGCUGGCAUCAUGGUGCGGGAGCUCCAGAAGUACAUCAAACACGAGCAGGAGGAGCUCAGCCGCAAGUUUCUGCUCUUCACCGACACCAUCCUGCGCAAAGUGCACGCCCUCUGCGAAGAGCACUUCUCGCCGGCCUCGCUGGACCUCAAGUUUGUCACCCCCAAGGUCCUCCGGCUGCUCGAGAUCCUGCACGAGUACAAGCCCUUCGAGCGGCAGCAGUUUGAAAGCGUGGAGUGGUACAACAACCGCAACCAGGACAACUACGUGUCGUGGAGCGACUCUGAGGACGAAGACGAGGAUGAGGAGGUGGAGGUCAAAGAGAGGCCCGAGGCCAACUUUCCCUCACCGUUCACCAACAUCCUGUGUGGGAUCAUCUUUGUGGAGAGGCGGUACACAGCUGUCGUCCUCAAUCGUCUGAUCAAAGAGGCGGGGAAGCAGGACCCGGAGCUGGCCUACAUCAGCAGCAACUUCAUCACCGGACACAGCAUCGGCAAGAACCAGCCGCGGAACAAGCAGAUGGAGGUGGAGUUCAGGAAACAAGAGGAGGUUCUCCGCAAAUUCCGCGCUCAUGAAACCAACCUGCUGAUCGCCACCAGCAUCGUGGAGGAAGGCGUGGAUAUCCCAAAGUGUAACCUGGUGGUGCGGUUCGACCUGCCCACAGAGUACAGGUCCUACGUCCAGUCCAAAGGCCGAGCCCGAGCACCGGUCUCCAACUACAUCAUGCUAGCGGACAGUGAGAGGACCAGAACCUUCGAAGACGAUCUCACCACAUACAAGGCCAUAGAGAAGAUCUUAAGGAACAAGUGCUCCAAGUCAGUGGAGGUGAGUGAGUUUGAAGUGGAGCAGGUGCUGGACGACGACAACAUCCUCCCACCCUACGUGCUCCAGUCUGAGGAUGGAGGUCCGCGGGUCACCAUCAACACAGCCAUCGGACACAUUAACAGGUACUGUGCCCGGCUGCCCAGUGACCCAUUCACCCACUUAGCACCCAAGUGUAAGACUGCUGAGAGGCAGGACGGACGCUUCCAGUCCACACUCUACCUGCCCAUCAACUCCCCUCUGCGGGUUCCUCUUAAGGGUCCUGUAAUGAACUGUGGCAGACUGGCAGAGAAAGCAGUCGCACUACUAUGUUGCGAAAAACUCCACAAAAUAGGUGAGCUGGAUGAUCACCUGAUGCCGGUGGGUAAGGAGACGGUGAAGUAUGAGGAGGAGCUGGACCUCCAUGAUGAGGAGGAGACCAGCGUACCAGGCCGGCCCGGCUCCACCAAGAGGAGGCAGUGCUACCCUAAAGCCAUACCAGAGUGUCUGCGGGACAGUUACGCUGUACCAGAGCAGACUUACUACCUAUAUGUGAUCGGGAUGGUCCUCACCACCCCUCUCCCUGAUGAACUCAACUUCCGCAGGAGGAAGCUCUACCCACCGGAGGACACUACCAGGUGCUUCGGCAUCCUGACCGCCAAACCCAUACCUCGAAUCCCCCAUUUCCCGGUGUACACCCGCUCGGGCGAGGUGACCAUCUCCAUUGAGCUGCAGAAGUCUGGCUUCGCGCUCACUACCGCCCAGCUCGACCUCAUCACCCGCCUGCACCAGUACAUCUUCUCCCACAUCCUCCGCCUGGAGAAGCCUGCGCUGGAGUUCAAGCCCACGCUGGCCGACUCGGCCUACUGCGUUCUACCUCUGAAUGUCGUUGGGGACUCCCACACUCUAGAUAUGGACUUUAAGUUCAUGGAGGACAUUGAGAAGUCUGAGGCUCGCACCGGCAUUCCUACCACUCAGUACACCAAGCAGAACCCCUUCACCUUCAAGCUAGAGGACUACCAGGAUGCUGUCAUCAUUCCAAGGUAUCGUAACUUUGACCAGCCCCACCGCUUCUAUGUCGCCGACGUGUACACAGACCUGACACCGCUCAGUAAGUUUCCCUCGCCAGAGUACGAGACUUUUGCAGAGUACUACAAAACCAAGUACAACCUGGACCUGUCCAACCUGAACCAGCCUCUUCUGGACGUAGACCACACCUCCUCCAGACUGAACCUGUUAACCCCUCGGCACCUGAACCAAAAGGGCAAAGCUCUGCCACUCAGCAGUGCAGAGAAGAGGAAGGCCAAGUGGGAGAGUCUGCAGAACAAACAGAUACUGGUUCCAGAGCUGUGUGCCAUCCACCCCAUCCCCGCCUCCCUGUGGAGGAAAGCAGUGUGUCUUCCCAGCAUCCUCUACCGCCUCCACUGCCUCCUGACUGCGGAGGAGCUCCGAGCCCAGACUGCCAGUGAAGCCGGAGUGGGAGCCCGGACCCUGCCCCCUGACUUCAGGUACCCAAACCUGGACUUUGGCUGGAAGAGAUCCAUCGACAGCAAAACGUUCAUCUCCUGUACUGACUCCGGCAGUGAGGACGACGAGGGUCAGUGCACGCACCAAGAGACUGAGAGCCCUGAGCCCGACCCCGACCCCCGACACACCCCAGUAGUCACCACUCUUCCGAGCCCGAGCAGGCCCCUCGCGGCCCCCGAUCCCGGAGAAGCUGCACGCACGAAGAACCUAACCAACGGCACUGCACUAGUCACCGACUGUGAUGACGACGGCCACCACAACGAGCACCUUCUCCAGCCUGACAAUUGCCAACGCUCCCAGCCCAGCUCCACUGGGCUGCAGAGUCCUGAAUCAAUACAAACCACUACCUCAGUUUCCGUGCAGCCCUCUCACAGCUCGAAGAAGCCCAGCUCCAGUCCUCCGCAGCCUAGUGAUGAAUGUACACCGGGGAGGACCUUGCAACAAGCAUAUAAAGCUACCUCAGUCUGCAGCCGGGCAGCCACGGGUCCCGACGCCCCCACAGCACCUUCUCCUGAUCCGGCCGAUGUCCCCCAGCACGGAGCCCAGACGGGAGACUCUCCCAAAAGCCUGGGGCCCAACCCGGGCCUCAUCCUGCAGGCCUUGACCCUAUCCAACGCCAGCGACGGCUUCAACCUGGAACGGCUGGAGAUGCUCGGAGACUCUUUCCUCAAGCACGCCAUCACCACGUACCUGUUCUGCACCUACCCCGACGCUCACGAGGGACGGCUUAGCUACAUGCGCAGCAAGAAGGUGAGCAACUGUAACCUGUACCGUCUGGGGAAGAAGAAGGGACUCCCCAGCAGGAUGGUGGUGUCCAUCUUCGACCCCCCCGUGAACUGGCUGCCUCCUGGAUACGUGGUCAACCAGGACAAGAGCAGCACAGACAAACUGGACUCGGAGGAGGCCACAGAGGAGCUUCUGGCCAACGGGCAGCCCGAAAAUGACUUUGAAGAGGAGGAGGAGGAGGAAGUCGAGGAGGUGGACGAGGAUGGCGAGCUGAUGCUGAAGGAAGAGCCAAAGGACGAAGUCAACAUGGAGGACGACCUGGAGUACUACAAGGAGCACAUUAAGUUCAUCGACAACAUGCUGCUGGGAUCCGGCGCGUUUGGUAAGAAGAUCUCACUGAGCGGCUUCCCUCCCCCCCUCGCCCCGGCCCCGGCCCCGGGCUCCUCCUCCGCUUCUGCCGAGACACCGUACGAGUGGAAGGCCCCCAAGAAGCCCCACCACCCCACCGCAGCCCACUGCCCCUCGGAGCCGGCUCCCACCGUGCCCACCGCCGAGGAGUUCGACUACAGCUCGUGGGACGCCAUGUGCUACCUGGACCCCAGUAAGGCCGGGGAGGAGGACGACUUCGUUGUGGGCUUUUGGAACCCGUCUGAGGAGAACUGCGGCGCGGAGCUCGGCAAGCAGUCGAUCUCCUACGACCUGCACACGGAGCAGUGCAUCGCCGACAAGAGCAUCGCUGACUGCGUGGAGGCUCUGCUGGGCUGCUACUUGACCAGCUGUGGAGAGAGAGCAGCCCAGAUGUUCCUCUGCUCGCUGGGCCUCAAGGUGUUGCCGUUGGAGAGAGGGACCCUGACCGGAGCACUGGUGCAGAGCUGCCAGAUCACCGCCAUCGACCUGUGCUACGGCUGGCUGAAGAUCCCGCCCCGCUGCCUGCUGAACCAUCCGGACGCAGAGCGUACACUCAACCACCUCAUCUCCGGCUUCGAGAACUUCGAAAGAAAGAUCAACUACACCUUUCAGAACAAGGCUUACCUGCUGCAGGCCUUCACCCACGCUUCCUAUCAUUACAACACCAUCACAGAUUGUUACCAGCGGCUGGAGUUCCUUGGCGAUGCAAUUCUAGACUACCUCAUAACAAAGCACCUUUAUGAAGACCCGCGGCAGCACUCCCCCGGCGUGCUGACCGACCUGCGCUCGGCCCUCGUCAACAACACCAUCUUUGCCUCUCUGGCCGUCAAGUACGACUACCACAAGUACUUUAAAGCCAUCUCGCCGGAGCUUUUCCACGUCAUCGACGACUUCGUGCAGUUCCAGCUAGAGAAGAACGAGAUGCAAGGCAUGGACUCUGAGCUGCGUCGCUCUGAAGAAGAUGAGGAGAAGGAGGAGGACAUCGAGGUCCCUAAGGCCAUGGGGGACAUCUUUGAGUCGCUAGCCGGAGCAAUUUACAUGGACAGCAGGAUGUCACUGGAGACCGUGUGGCAGGUGUAUUAUCCAAUGAUGAGGCCACUCAUAGAGAAAUUCUCUGCCAAUGUGCCACGCUCUCCUGUGAGGGAGCUGCUGGAGAUGGAACCAGAAACUGCCAAGUUCAGCCCUGCAGAGAGGACGUAUGACGGGAAGGUCCGGGUGACGGUGGAGGUCGUCGGUAAGGGAAAGUUCAAAGGAGUCGGCCGCAGCUACCGGAUCGCCAAGUCGGCCGCGGCGCGACGAGCUCUGCGCAGCCUCAAAGCCAAUCAACCUCAGGUCCAAAACAACUGAGCUCUCAGCAUUAGCACCUAAGCUACUGACGCUAACGGAAGGGGGGAAGCAACACCGGCCUCCCGACACAGCGCGACGCCAGCCCUGCAUCCUCAGCCCCGCAACGGCACAACAGGCAGCCAGGGAAACACUGUGUGGAGACGCAAAAACACAAGAAGCAGAACUGAUCUCUCAACAGAUUUCACAUCAGAUCUUUUACCUUUUAUUGUUGUUUUUCUUUUUCUUUUUUGCGCAAACACAAUCUUUGCUUUCCCUCUCCGCUUUGUGUAAUCACAUGAGUGCUUUAUUAACGUUUAGCAAAGUGUUUAAAAGAAGGUCAGGUCGCAAUGUCUAUUCCUCACCGUUUUCGGUUAUUAUUAUUUUUGUUCAAAUCUAUGUCAAUGAGAUGAGGCUUACGCUUAUUGUGUAGUAUUAGAUUGUACAUAGUUCAAUCAAAAGGUGUAAAUCAAAGUAUGUAGGAAGAAGAAGAAGAAAAACAAAAAAACAACAAGAAACGCUAAACUCCUCAGCCUGUGCACUAGUGCCAGUCAGCCUGAAAGCGCUUUCCUAAAACGCUAACGGCAGACGUGGCUAACGGAUACCACUGGAGCAAAAAAACCCGGUGGCAACUCUGUCUGAAAUCUGUCUUGAAAUGGUAUUCUUAAUCAUUUUUGCACUUAUUCCAUUAGGGUCUGUUACUUUUGAGAAUUGUGUGGUCACGUUGACACCAAAAUCAUAUACGUAGCAAAGUAUAUAAAUAUAUAUAUAUUAAAAGAAUAAGAUACAUGAAUGAUAUUCUUGGCCUCCGAUGCUGAGGCUCUCCCUCAUAUCCUGCAAAACGGAGAGGAAUUUCAACAUUCCCAGUUACUGUAAUUUAAAGUAGUUUUGACCGCACUCGAGGUUGCAUGUUCUUGUAGUUUAUGUAUAAACCAUGACAACUGGAUCGAUUUCUAUAAAUGUUCUGAAUCUAUGGGUAUAACUAGAGUGUGUGAGAGCGAGACUCGACGUCGGCGGCAUUAUCUUAGUUUGGUUUUAAGGCGUUUUGAUACCGGACGGACUCGGGUCGGUCAUUCUCGCGCCCCAGAUGUCUUUCCACGGAGCCAAUCAUCCGCUUUUGAUACGAGAAGAGGAAGACGUACACACGUUCGAUAUGCUGCAGACUUUUCUACAUUGGAUACUCGUGUUAAGGCUCAGAAUCUUUCUCAAAUACAGUCUUCUUUUUGUGAAAAAGGCCAAUUCAUUUCAACACACUAGUGUUCCUCACAUCCAAUACCUACCAAAGCUAUGACCGAUGUGAAACUGCGAGGUUGAAGUCAGCUCCUACAGAUAAGGAUACCAGCCUUUUUGUGGUUUCUUUUUUUUCCACAAAUUUUGCUUCUCGCUAAAUGU